AUGGCGCCACUGGCGCUCAGCACCCGCCCCUGCUACCGCACCCACCCCUGUUACCGCACCCGCCCCUGCUACCGCACCGACCCCUGCUACCGCACCGACCCCUGCUACCGCACCGACCCCUGCUACCGCACCCGCCCCUGUUACCGCACCCACCCCUGCUGCCGCACCCGCCCCUGCUACCGCACCCGCCCCUGUUACCGCACCCACCCCUGCUGCCGCACCCGCCCCUGCUACCGCACCCGCCCCUGCUACCGCACCCGCCCCUGUUACCGCACCCGCCCCUGCUGCCGCACCCGCCCCUGCUACCGCACCGACGCUGGCGGCACCGGCAGCGCUUGCGAGGCCGCCCUCGCCGCUUCCCGCCGCCGCCCCCCGGGCCGCGCCCGGCCGCUCCUCGCCGGGCACGCAGGGCUGUGGCGGACUUGCAGCUACGUGGGCAUCGACUCCCGCCUCGACAGCCUCAUCUGCAGGGGCAUCUCUCAAAGAUGCACUGCUAUGAAGUACCUCUUUUCCCAGCUGGUAUGCUUGUGCAGUGUCCCUUUCAACCUGAUGAAGAUGAUUCACCAGGACAAAUGGCAUCUUCUCUACUUGAGAGGGAUCAUGGCUGGAUUCUUGGGCAUGGCUGCAGCUGUUCUCCACAGGUGUAUCGUGGCAGCAGUCAGCUUCUUUUGGGAGGAAAGCCUCAAUCAGCACGUGGCAGGUCUGCUGCUCCUGACAACAGGUAACUAUUUUGCACUAUGUCUCUGCACUUAUGCAGCCAGCAUAUCAUCUUUCAUAUUCAUCUAUAAUCUUCCUGAUGAUGUAAAACAUGGAUACAGCUGCUCUGUAUUUUGCGCUUAGUGCAGCCUGGGAUUUACAACAGCAACUGGAUGUCUUUGCACAGCUUACCCAUUUGUUAGCAGGGGCAACAUUACGCAGCUGAUGUCUACCAGGGACACGUCCAUAUGACUGUCCACCUGCCACCAACACCCUUCAACAAUGACUGAAUGGUAUUUUUCGAGACUUACUCAAAGAAGCAGAAGUGAAAGGAAAACUGAAGUCAGGAUUCCAAGCACAGAAGUCUGAUUCUUCAGAAUCUGACCAUCUUGUUUUACCAUUUCAGCAAGCUGUUCUCCCAUGCUGCUGAACAGAGAGAUUUGGAAAGGAGACAGCUCUCAGACAGAUCUCAGGAUCACAUGCUUCAGUUCAGCAUGCCAAGUACAUGCAGAGGGAUAUAUUUGCACUGGAAGGUAAAAGGGGGAGGAAAGUUGCUGUAAGAGUUUAGGGCUAUUUAUUUUUUUCAAGGAUCUGUACAUAAAGAAAUCAAGGAAAAGUCACUGCUGCCAAAUGAAUCCUAGACAGAAUUAUACCCCCUCCCCCAGAGCAUCAUCUGUAGUGUUUUACUUCAUCGCCUUCUGCACCUGACCCUAAAGGAAGGCUUUGGUGGCCCUCUGCUCCCAAAAUUCCAAACCAGAGCUUUUCUCUUUUAAAUUAGCACGUACCUGUGUUCUUUGUGUAUCCUCUGUACAUGAAGUUCCUGUGUAAUUUGUAAAUAACCAAGAUUUCCAUUCUGAGCACCUGAGCUGCACUGUGAGAAGGAUUAAAUUAUUCCUGUUACAUUCCUGGAUGAGCUCUUGGCAUUUGCCAAGCUACAGUAUCUGUAAUAAAAUAUCUGUCUCUGUCAAAAGCA